CUCAACGCAAGCGGUUUCCAUAACCGGAUUCCUAUACCUAUAAGUUAUAACACGACACGGUUAGAAUAUUAUCAUAAUAUUAACGAUAGACUUGAUUUUCAUUUUGCAAAAUGUCCAGCUGAUAGUAUUUACUGUUGCUAACCGUAUUUAGUGGACUGUGGAGAUUCGUUAGCGCGCCCCAGUUCGUAUUGUCCAGCACACUAGUUGUAGAUGUUUAUCCAUAUAUCCUAUAGAUAGGUUCAAAUAACGGUAAUGAUAUAAAUAUAAAAUAAUAACGCAAUUAAUACUUAUUGUUAUUAAUUAUCAUGGUUUUCGCGUCGUAUGGACAAUGCCAAUGUUUCGUUUUACUGCUGUACAUUAUUGCGUCACAAACAUAUGCCAUCACAUUUUUCACUCCGGAUAACGAAUGUUGGUGGACUGGGUGCCAGUCGAGCACGUGGGCCGUGAUCGGAUGCGAUCAGUACAAUCGAACACAGAAAAAUGUGAAGGAAUGCGACGGCGGUUCGGAGUAUUACUGUUGUACGCCGGACAACGAGGCGGAGGUGCAGCUUGCAGUCGACGACUGUUGGUGGACAGGGUGUCAGCCGAACGACUGGGCUGUCAAGGGCUGCGACAGCUACAACAGAACGGAAAGGGACAAGACGGUGUGCGGGGUGAAUGGGUUUAGAUACGAGUGUUGUGCUCGCAGUGACACCGCCACGGCUUCCAAUCCGGGCACUGACACAGCCACGGCCUCCAAUCCGGACUCCCGCGACUAUCCGGACGAAAACUGUAAGUGGUCGAAGUGUCAACCGAAAGAAAAGAGCGAUCGCGGGUGUCCGCCGGACACUGUUCAAAUCGGUUUGCACGCCUGUCCCCGUGGCGAUCUGUUUCAGUGCUGUUCGAAAAAAAUUCCCGUCGAUGGGCAGUAGACUGUAGUAAAUUAUGCUAAAAUGCAUAAUAUUGUAUUAUAAUAAGUAGAACGUGUAGACUUAAAUGCACCGAAAACGCGUGGAUAAAGCACGAAUGCAUUUAAUAUGCACGAAAAAUUAUGUAAAAUAAACUCGAUACAAUUUAUUUAAUUCAUAAUAUUAUAUGUAUGUGGUAGUAUUAAUUAUACCUACCAACAAUUAGGUAAUAUUCUUAUAUCGAGUUUCAUAAAGUUGAUUAUUAUUUAUUUCUAAUGGUGUUAAGAAUUACUUUUUAUUUUAUAUAGUAAAGUGUUAAGAAUAUUUCUCUACAAUUUUAUGUAAACUAGCGUCGGUCUUAAAAAAUUUUCUGAAUAAGCCUUUAAGGCCGGACACCCCACGCAUACGAAAGCCGAAAGGAGUGCGCCAGUCUUAAGUAAAACACAGGAAAUUACUGUAGGUAGAACAUUAAUAUUGUCAGACUAUUUUUUCUAAUAUUAUAACUAUUAAUAUUGUAUUGUAUAAGUUUUCUUUUUAAAUUAUAAAUAUAGAAAUUAUUUAGUUCUAAAA